AUGAUAAACAGUGUUAAACAAAAGGUUGAUGUGCAAAGGAAUAUGCGUACGACGAGACAGUUUGGAGACUGGUUAAGGGGUUGUUUUGGGGGUUUUGGGGAGCAUAAAGAAAAAAGAUCUUCCAGCCCUAGUAGUAAUCAUCUAGAGAUAAAGUCUAGUAAAGCCGGGGACCAGAGAAUAGAGGCCUACGCCGGCGGGGAUCCUCCGCCGCCGCCUGAUCUACCUUCAUUGUUCCCAGCCCACCAACCACUCAUGAACCCGCCCACGUCCUUCACUACACCUCCACUCCCUCUGUUACAGUCCAACCUCUUGGAGCAACCUUCCACACGCACUCAUCUUCCCCGACCACCCUCUUCAAUAUCCCUGGCCGAGCUGACCUCUUUGAUUUCAGCGGAGGUGGCAAAGGUCCUUCAGAACCUUCUGCCGGCGAGCUCAAGGUUGGAGGAGGGAGAAAUACCGACCUCAUCAUCCGACAAUUCGAUAAGCUUCUUCAUCAAACCCAACCGAGACACGAGCGAGUCACUAGCCUCUGUUCCUCCCGCCGGCGAUGGGGAGACCAGCCUCCAAAACCUGACAUUUCCCCUCCAAGGAUCCGGAGAGAUCACGGCCGCCGUUGAUGUCCACCCUGCUGGGCCCACUGACCUCGACCUUUCUCUUGGUCGAUCGUUGGGGGAUGAUCGAUUACACAGCUCGACGGGCUCUAGAUCUUCGCUGGCAGAUUUGGUCAAACACAUCACGCCACCAAACCCUAAUCUGCAGCUAUCCAUACGCUCCCCUCAGCUCAAGAUUGGUCCACCUGUUAGGGCCUCCUCAACCCCCUUGACUGGCCCAGAUCAUAUUGGGCCGAACCCGAGGCCCAAAUUCUCUGCACAACCUCUUGGGUUCCCUAACCUCAACCCUUGGCCCAUCCAACCCAGCCCUCUUUUGGUCCAACCCGCCACCUUUCACCUCCCUCAAUCCAUCACCUCAGCCCAACCCCGCACAACCAUCUCAGCCCAACACCCCCAACUCGACAUCUCAACCCAAAAUCACUCCCAGGAUAUUGCCACUCCAAAAUCUCAUACCAUCAGUAAUCCGUCCAAGGCCGACACCUAUCUUCUCCAACUGACAGGCCCCAGUCACCCAACCUUCGGCGGCGCCGGUGACGGUGCCACUGCCGGAAAUCACCAACCGGCCGAUAACCAUGGCGGGAAUUCUCUGCAGGCCAACAAACCAACCAAAGGCUUAUCCUUUGGGUUGAAACCAGCAGGAACCGGCUCAAAAAUUGGAAAACUGUCACCGCCGAACGUCCUCCCGUCGGAGAGUUUGACCAUGGCCGCCGCAACCUCAGGGUUGAAUGGUCAACAAAAAAAUCCCUCAGCUCCUCAUUUAUUCUCGGGCAUAUCAUUACUGUCUCCAACCCUAACAGGUAAUCCCGAACCUGCGCACAUGGAUCCGACAAGGGCGGUCCGGCGGUGGCAGAAUAACGGCGCAUGGUCGAGGACGGUGUCGAAGAAGAAUGAUAAACGAAAGAAAGAAAGAAAGGGAGAAGGGAAGGAGAUGAGGAAAAAGAUUUACCUCUAG